AUGAACGACUGGCUAGCCAAGCAAAACAUCCGGUGGCAGUUUAAUCUCAAUAGAGCUCCGUGGUGGGACGGUCAGUUCGAAAGAUUGAUUGGCAUCAUGAAGCAGAAAGAACCAACCAACGUUGAAGAUUAUGACCUCAGAAAACGCGCCAAGUACCUACGGAAAUGUAAGGACGUCCUAUGGAAAAGAUGGACAAUCGAGUACCUAAAGGCCCCAAGAGAGCGUCACAAUCUCAACCAUCAAACGAAAGAAGCUACCUUGAAAGAAGAAGACGUGAUGCCUAUCAAGGGAAAGGAGGGUAACGGAGGCAAAUGGAAGAUUGGUGUGGUGGAACGCCUGAUUCAAGGUCGGGAUGGAGUGAUAAGAGGGGCGCAGCUUAGCGCUGGGAAGACACACAUAGAGAGACCACUGCAGCUGCUGUAUCCUCUUGAAUUAACCUGCAACAGACCUGAACGAAGGAGAGGAGAGACGCUAAGAGCUGACGCCAGAGAAUUCCAGCCGAGAAGAGCCGCAUCAGAUGAUUGA